ACGGUAAUAUCCUUUGAAACUAAACUCCGGUUGUUGAACGCAACAGCAGCUACACAAUCACCAGGCAGCUUCAGGUCCACACCAUACCGGGUUUAUUCAGCGGUUUCAUGGCUUUACGACUCUGCUCGUUUUUCCGUCAGGGAAUCAACACUACGUCGGCUGUGUUGACUGGAGCAGUCCGAGCUCGCCUGAAAAGCUCGUGUCCGGUUCAGAUCAGCCAUCUGGAUCAUCUCGUGCUGACGGUCCGGGAUGUAAAGAGAAGCACAGAUUUCUACUCCUCAGUCUUGGGAAUGGGUGUAGUUACAUUUAAGGGAAACCGUAAGGCUUUAAGCUUUGGAGAGCAGAAAUUCAACCUACAUGAAGCUGGAAAAGAGUUUGAGCCAAAAGCCAAUAAUCCUUUGCCAGGCUCAGCAGAUCUUUGUCUCAUCACAAAGACCCCGUUGGAAACAGUCGCUGCCCAUCUGAAGGAAUGUGGUGUGAAGAUAGAGGAAGGGCCAGUCGAGAGGACAGGAGCGGUAGGCCCCAUCAAUUCUCUGUACUUCCGAGACCCUGACCACAACCUGAUAGAAGUUUCCAACUACAGCAACUAAGACCUGGUCCAGUGCAGUCUAACUGUGAAGGGAACAUUUAGCUGUUGCUAUCUUAACUUUAAGAACAGGACCAAAAUCACCCAGAAGAAUCUUAUAAAACUUGUAAAAUGUAAUGUGAAAAGUAAUGUAAAUCAUUCUAACAGCACAUGUAAUGUAAUAAAUUCUAUUUUGAAAA